GAGCCAUUUUAAAACGAAUUAGAGGCCAAUCAGAAGAAUCAUCUUGCUCCAAGUGUAGACUGUACGACCCUCCCACUCGUCUUUCUUAUGCAUCCAUUCAAAGCAGAAAACAAACAAAACCAAAACAAAGUCACAAGAAGUCAUCAUUCCAGACUUCCCCACCGCCCAAAAUGACCAGCUUCUGCCGCUUCUACGAGACCUGGUUUGACCAGCUCCACCGCCUGUUUCAUCAACUAAGCAAGGCCCCUAAGCCACCUACCAGUGAAUAUGAUGCUAGCCAUCUGAGUAAUCUAGUCGACAAGCUCAUGGAUCAUUAUGCAGAGUACUAUAGAGUGAAGUCAGAGGCUGUAGAGCGUGACGUUCUGGCUGUCUUCACUGCCCACUGGGCCUCCUCUCUUGAACGCUCGCUCCAUUGGAUUGCUGGGUGGCGACCCACCACCUUGUUUCAUCUUGUGUAUACAGAGUCCAGUAUACUGUUUGAGCCUCGUAUAGUUGAUAUUCUAAGGGGGAUCAGUACUGGAGAUCUUGGUGAUAUCUCACCCUCUCAAUUCAGAAGGGUGAGUGAGUUGCAGUGCGAGACAGUGAGAGAAGAGAAUGCGAUAACAGACGAACUAUCAGAAUGGCAGGAAGGUGCAAGCGACUUAGUGGGGUCCUCCUCGUGCAUAAAUCUCGAUGAAAAGAUCAGACGGCUGUCGAGCAUUGUUCAUAAGGCCGAUGAUCUACGUCUGAAGACAUUAAGAAUGGUGGUGGAGUUAUUGACUCCCCAACAAGCUGCCGAUUUUUUGAUUGCUACUGCUGAGUUACAGUAUGGGAUCCACUGCUGGGGACGGAAUCAGGACCUUCAACGUGGCAGUAUGUGAUUCGUUAUGAGGUGGCCCCUAUAUGGCAAAUGUCCUGUGCUGCCCUUACAUUUUCAAUAAUUAAUGAGGAUAUUGGCAAUCUACUUUUGGUUAUUUUCAGUGUGUUCUGUCAACUCUGUUUUUUUCUUGAAUUUGAAAUAAUGUUUCUCUUGAAAUUAUAUGGUAUGGAUCUGUUUUCAUGCAUUAA